AUGGUACCAGCCUCAACAAAUCCGGUGACCGAGAAGGCCAGCAACAGUGUGAAAUUCGUGUCGGGCGCCUGGCCGUCCAACACGCCGGGGCACACCGGCUACAUAACUUUCGCCACCAUGCCGCCAGAUUUAAAGCGCUAUCAAGCUUCAUUGGCUACGCUGGCUCAACGUAAAACGGAAAAGGAUGUUGGUACCAUGACAUCCGUCCUCACCAAAUGUAUUGCUGACAAAAGGAAACAUGAAAACGAUGACGAUGAAGAACCAAGUACGAAAAACAAAGACUUCGAAUCCGCGUCUGGAAGUAGGUGCAAAAAUAUCGACCAAAAAGAAUCCGCAUCUGGGAGUGGGAAAGAUUUCGAGGAAAAAGACUGCAAAAAAGACGGUGAUCGCGACGGCCACGUGACAGCCUAAAUUCUUUUAGGUACCAAUCGGAACCUGACAGUUGCAAUAUCACACAUCGGAAACUUUUUCUCAUUAAGCUAUGCCUCUUCAGGUUGCGUCUAGGGAUGAACACAUCCAAAAUGAAGAUACGAUGAAGGUCGCCAGCAUCCUAAUCCUAUAUAGUAAGAAAUGAGAGGGUAGAUAUUUGACACAUAUAAUAUUCAAUUCUAUCCUUUGGUACAGAGCAUUGGCAAGGGGAAAUCACGAAAUGCGUACUAUUGGGGUGGCCUGGACAUCUCUGUCUGAGAGUAGCAGUAUUUUGCGCUUUAUGUCGCUGCGCCCAAGUCGCGCUCUAUCGUGCUAGCCUUACAGAAGUCGGUUGAUAAUACACAAUAUGUGAAAGCCUGCUUCUUCACCCAAUAUACUCUGAUUACUAUGACUUACAACACAUGGACGCUCACACAUAACACUGUACAAAAUGAGAGUUGUACAGGGCAAUGCACUGUGGCAUUGUUGUCAUAAAGUUAUACCAUUUUUCGAUCUCCGAGAUUCGAAGACGAAGUAAGGUCUGAAGAUCGAGUAACGUACCUAGAUGGUGCUGAGUAAGGCAUAUUGCGAAGGCAGUGACGACUGUGAAGCGACCGAAUGGUGGCCAAAAACAAACUACGGGAAACCUAUACUUAGUAGUACGGAAAGUCGGGCUGUGGAUGAUAAUGACACAAUAUAAUAGGCCACGAUAGUACAUAGGAAUUUAAUUCCUAAUUUUAUAAAAAAGUUAACUAAACCCACACAUCACAUUGUCAUAAUUUUAAUAAUGAAAUUCGGUAGUAACAACUGAUCAACGUAAAUAAAAUCCAAAUUAUUUUAUAGUA